AUGGCCAGCAACUCCAGCGCACUGCCUCGGGUGACUUUCCAGACGCCAGAGAAACCUGGGGAGGAAUCAUCACACAGGAAACUAGGCAAGUUAACCAUAAAGUACAACCGCAAAGACCUACAGCGCUGGCUAGACCUGGAGGAAUGGAUCAACACCCAGCUGCAGGAGCUGUACCAAUGCCGGCUAAGAGAGGAAACAGAGGCAGCAGCUCCUGAACCACAAAUUGAUCUUGAAGAUCUCCUGGAGGUCCCUAAUGAAGAACAGAAAUUAAAACUACAGGAAAUCCUCCAUGAGUGCUCCAGCCCAACAGAGGACUUCAUUACGGAAUUGCUUAGUCGGUUGAAAGGUCUCCGGAGAGUCACCAAUCCUCAGAAGAAAUGACCUUGCCCACAUGGAACACCCAGCUCUGGUCACAAGGAAAUGUGUAUCUAUCUUCCCCAUAAAAACCAGGA